GAAGAAGUACACUCGGCAGUAAAGACUGGAAAUUUGUUUAGAAUUAUUUAAACUGUAAAUUUAUAUACAAGGAAAACAGUUUCCGCUACUCAGAGAGGUUUACAAUGCUUUUGGCACAGAUAAACCAGAAAGGUGUGGAAUUCCAGCAUGGUCAAGGUGACGCUCAGGAGGUCACGCUGUGUCUCGCAGGUCUUUCAGAUAACGAUCAGCAUAUUGACAGUUUGCAGUAUGUUACUCUUACAGAUGGGUCAACUGCAUAUAUCCAACAUAACCCUCAAGAGGAGAAUAUUAUAAAAGGGCAGGUUAUCCAGCUGGAGGAUCAACAUAUUGCUUACAUUCAACAUAUUUCUGUACCAAGAACAGAUGAGCCAAAUGGAUGGUCAGCUGCUGCUUUAAGUGAUGAUGUGGCAGGUAGAAGUCUGAAUUUAGAGGAUGGACAAACUGUGCAGCUGGAAGAUGGAACCACUGCCUACAUUCAUCAAACUCCAAAAGAGAUUUACAAUUCCACUGAGCUUCAGGCAGUGCAGCUGGAGGAUGGCUCCACUGCAUACAUUCAGCAUGCUGUUCAGAUGACUAAUCAAAACACAGUUCAUUCCAUCCAGGAAAAUAAUGUAGUGUCUGAGCUGCAAAUGGAUGGAACCAUAGACCCAGACACUGUUAAGGUGCUGGAACAGUACACUGCUAAGGUGGAAGAAACAGAGGUUUAUUCAAACUAUGGGUUGCCCACGACUGACCAUGAAGGUGUAGUACAAAUGAAGAUCGUUAUUCCAAGCCAGGGUGGUCAUCAUUCUCAACAACAGACUGGAGUGAGAACAUUUCAGUGCAGUUAUGAUGGAUGUGGAAAACUGUACACGACUGCACAUCACCUCAGGGUCUGUGUACAUGAAAGAACACAUACAGGUGACAAGCCAUACUGUUGUAACAUACCAGGCUGUGAAAAGAAGUUUGCAACAGGUUAUGGUUUGAAAAGCCACAUCAGAACACACACUGGUGAAAAACCAUACUGCUGUCCAGAGGUAAAUUGCCAAAAAUCUUUUAAAACGUCAGGGGACCUUCAAAAGCACCAUCGAACUCACACAGGAGAAAAGCCAUUCCUCUGUCCCUACGAAGGCUGUGGGCGAUCCUUUACUACCUCUAACAUUUGCAAAGUGCAUCUGCGAACACACACGGGUGAAAGGCCCUAUCACUGUCCAGAGCCAGGAUGCCACCGGGCUUUCGCUAGCGCAACCAAUUACAAAAACCACAUAAGGAUCCAUACAGGUGAGAGGCCGUACAUAUGCACUGUUCCUGGCUGUGAAAAGCGCUUUACUGAGUACUCGAGUCUGUACAAGCAUCAUGUGGUUCACACACCUUGUAAACCUUACCAGUGCAGCCACUGUGAAAAGACCUACAAGCAGAUCUCCACACUGGCCAUGCACAAACGCACUGCACACAACGACUCUGAGCCCAUCGAAGAGGAGCAAGAGGGCUACUUUGAACCUGCAGACACCUCGAAUGAUCCCACCAUGGACGUCAGCACAACGCAGAGUGUAGCAGCCUGCUCAGAGCUGACCUCUGACAUCAGUGUACAAGAGCAGGUCAUUCAAGUUAUUCAAGAUGACACUCAUCAGGCAGUUGAAACCAUUACAAUGUUAACACAAGAUGGCCAAGUGAUCACCCUUCCAGCCAGUGAGUCAGUGUCAUCAUCUGUCACCAUGGUGAAUGAUGACGGAACGGAAAGACAGAUGAUGAUCACGUCUCCAGAUUUAGUUUCCUUAAGGAUCAAGCAUGAAGCACUGGUUUCACACCCAGUUACUCUUUUUACCACUUCUAAUGGUAAUCACAUUGCUGUUCAGUUUGACGAACAGACAUCGCUGGAGGAAGCUCUGAGGAUAGCAUCAACCAUAGAGCAAGAUGAUACAUUAGAACUGGAACAUUAAAAAAUAUAUUUUGAUGGCUGGAUAUUACACAGGAGAAAACAAUAAACAUACUUAAAUAAUUAAAAAAAUGUUUCCUAAUGGUCAACUACAAAAUUUCCUAGUUAUUCUUGAUUUUUGAUAGUGUGUACAGAUGUCAUAAUGGCAACAUGCUCCCUGUUUGAUUUUUUUUAAAUAAAAGCUCUGACACUUGAAUAAAAA